GCCCACCCCUAGCCGACUCCAGAGCCCAAGCCCGAGGCGGGAGACUAAGACGCCUUCUGGCCCAGACGCGAAGGACUGAAGCGGGGGCCUGCCCGGCCCGGCCCCCUCAGUCAUCGCCACAGCCUCCCGGGACGGAAGAUGUGCUCCAGGAGUCCCCUGCUGCCACUUCUGCCACUCCUGCUGCUGGUCCUGCGGUCCAGUGUACAGGGCUGCCCAUCUGGCUGCCAGUGCAACCAGCCACAGACGGUCUUCUGCACUUCCCGCCAGGGGACCACACUACCCCGAGAUGUGCCACCUGACACCACAGGCCUGUAUGUCUUUGAGAAUGGCAUCACCACACUGGAUGUGGGCAGUCUGGCUAGCCUGCCAGGACUGCAGCUCCUGGAUCUGUCACAGAACCAGAUCACUAGCCUCCCCAGUGGCAUCUUCCAGCCACUCGCCAAUCUCAGCAACCUGGACCUGACUGCCAACAAGCUUCGUGAGAUCACCAAUGAGACCUUCCGGGGCCUGCAGCGCCUCGAGCGCCUCUACUUGGGAAAGAACCGCAUCCACCACAUCCAGCCAGGGGCCUUUGAUGCCCUCGACCGUCUCCUGGAACUCAAGCUGCAGGACAAUGAGCUGCGGGUGCUGCCCCCACUGCGCCUGCCCCGCCUGCUGCUGCUUGACCUCAGCCACAACAGCCUGCCAGUCCUGGACCCCGGCAUCCUGGACACCACCAAUAUGGAGGCCCUGCGGCUGGCUGGUCUGGGGCUGCGGCAGUUGGACGAGGGGCUCUUUGCCCGGCUGCGAAACCUCCAUGAUCUGGAUGUAUCUGACAACCAGCUGGAGCACGUGCCCCCUGUGAUUCGAAGCUUGCGGAGCCUGACGCGUCUGAGGCUGGCUGGCAACACCCGCAUCGCCCAGCUGCGGCCUGAGGACCUGGCCGGCUUAGCCGCUCUGCAGGAGCUGGACCUUAGCAACCUGAGCCUGCAGGCCCUUCCCAGUGACUUCUCGGGCCUCUUUCCCCGCCUGCGGCUCCUGACCGCUGCCCGCAACCCCUUCAAUUGUGUGUGCCCUUUGAGCUGGUUUGGCCCCUGGGUGCGUGAGAGCCACAUCACACUAGCCAGCCCUGAAGAGACACGCUGCCACUUCCCACCAAAGAAUGCUGGCCAACUGCUGCUGGAGCUUGACUAUGCUGACUUUGGCUGCCCAGCCACCACUACCACUCCCACAGUGCCUACCACAAGGCCCAAGGUGGAGGAGCCCACACUCUUGCCUUCCAGCUUAGUUCCCACCUGGCUUAGUCCCACAGAACCAGCCACUGAGGCCCCCAGUCCACCACCCACUGCCCCACCAACCAUGGGGCCUGCUCCCUGGCCCCAGGACUGCCCGGUUUCCACCUGCCUCAAUGGGGGCACUUGUCACCUGGGGGCAAGGCACCACCUGGAGUGCCUUUGCCCUGAGGGCUUCACAGGCCUCUACUGUGAGAGCCACAUGGGGCAGGGAACACGGCCCAGCCCCACACCAGAUACGCCAGGUCCCCCCCAGCCUCUGCCCCUCGGCAUUGAGCCAGUGAGUCCCACUUCCCUGCACGUGGGGCUGCAGCGCUACCUGCAGGGCAAUGCCAUGCAGCUCAGGAGUCUCCGCCUCACCUACCGCAACCUGUCAGGCCCUGACAAGCGGCUAGUGACCCUGCGGCUGCCCGCCUCGCUUGCAGAGUACACAGUUACCCAACUGAAGCCCAACUCUACCUAUUCCAUCUGCGUUACGCCCUUGGGCAUUGGGCGGGUGCCUGAGGGCAAGGAGGCCUGUGGGGAGGCCCAAACACCCCCGGCUGUCCUCUCUAACCAUGCCCCAGUCACCCAGGCCCAAGAAGGCAAUCUGCCACUCCUCAUUGCACCUGCCCUGGCUGCUGUGCUCCUGGCUGCCCUGGCCGCCAUGGGGGCAGCCUACUGUGUGCGGCGCGGACGGGCAGCAGCUGUGGCUCAGGGCAAAGGGCAGGUAGGACCAGGGUCUGGGCCUCUGGAGCUAGAGGGGGUGAAGACCCCCUUGGAGCCAGGCCCCAAGACAACUGAGGGGAGUAGAGAAGCCCAGCCAGAUGGGCCUGAGUAUGAGGUGCCACUCAUGGGCUACCAAGGGCCCAGCCUCCAGGGGGCUCUCCCUGCUAAGCCCUAUAUCUAAGCCUGGGAGUGAUGGGGUAGCUAGAGGGCCAGGCACUCAGCCACCACCCUCCUGCUGCCACAUAAGUUCUCAGUACAUACCACAGGGACAUAUGCAGGGUGGGCCUCUGUGACUACAGCCCGAACCUAUCCCUCUCUGGGCCUUGGUCUCAUCUGUGAGCUACUGCAACCUAGGUGACAAGCUCUAAUAGCCAUGAGCCUGAGGGACUGAGACACUGGGAGAUCAGUGUCUGCCCGUUCUGCGGUGUGCAAUCUGGAGUGUGGUGGCCCUGCCGUGUGCUGGUAACACAGGCCAGGGCUCCAGCCCAAAGACCUGGGGGCCAGUGAAGGAAGCCCCCAGAGGGAGCAGGCAGGGACAGCCCUGUAGCUCCAGCCUUGCCCCAGAAGCACAGGAACACAGGAAACUGGAAAGGAAGGUGCCAUGGGAACAUGUGGAUUUGCUUCUGUUGUUUUAGUUUUUUAAAGUAUAUUUAUAAGAGAUCCUUUCCCAUUUAUGCUGGGAAAAUGUUUUUCAAACUCAGCGACAAGGACUUUGGUUUUUUAAGACAAAUGAUGAUAUGAAGGCUUUUUGUAAGAAAAUAAAAGAUAAAAGACAUGAGUGU